AUGACUGAUUCAAACCCCAAUCAACCUACGCAAUCACCUGACACUAGCUACUUACAAACAAAGCUAUCGCCAAAACAAUUUCAAGCUUCAAUUGAUUUUUAUAAUGCAGAUAAAGAUUUAACAGUACAAGAUCGCAUAAAAUUAAAAGAUGAAUUACAAUCAAUACUAGUGAAGAAUAAUAUAAUUGGAUAUACUGGAGGUAUGGUAGGACUUUUAACACCUACUAUAUACUAUAAAUUUUACAAAAAGCAAACUGUUACAAAACUGUCUUUUAUUCAAAAACCAUUUUUAUCAUUUUUUGUUGGGUUGGGAACAAUGAUGUUUGUAAGUUCAUUAGUUACAAGAAUAACUUUUAAUAAAGAACUGAAUAGUGGUAAUUUAAAUCAAGCACAAUUAAAUGCAUGGAAACAUAUGGAUUGGCAAAAUGUUCCUGCAUUUUAUUUUUAUUAUUUAAAAUCUUCAAAAGAUCCAAAUUUUAAAUUAAAAGAUCCAAGAACUAUUAAAAUUGAUCCGAAAUUAAAAAAACCUGUAGAAUCAAAAGCAGAUGAAGAAAAAUUGGAGAAUUAUAAUAAAAUAAGUUUUAAUCCUAAUGUCUAUAAACAAGAAAGUUGGAAAGAUAAUACACAUGGAACUAAUUUUGAAAAUACUGAGAAUUACGUAAAUAAUGGACAAGGCUCAAUUGAGGAUCAUGAACAACUAUCGCAUUGGGAUAAAAUAAGGUUAGCUAAUGGAUUUGACGUAAGCGGUGAUGGUAAAUAG